CAAGCCCCUCAACAACCACAAGACCGGCGAUCGGUUUUCGAUACACACAUAUCGAAGAAAUUGAAAUCUUUGACGCGCCGCGCGUAAGAACAGCAUGCUCAUCGGCAGCAUCUGACAGUCGUCGACCAAGGUCGCUGUAUCGACGUUUAUUUUUAAUAUUUUCGCCUAAACCGUUGGCCAAAACAAACUUUCGAGUGCGCUUUUCCGAUAAAUAAGGUUCGUAUUUAGUAGAGCGAGUGCUUAUUGCUUGUAAGCCCAUGGGAAGAAUUCGCGAGUUGGUGGUGAAUCUGCAGCGGAGCUCUCCGGAUGAGUCGUGGGGUUUCAGUUUGGUGGGGGGUGCGGACGUUAAAACCCCUUUGAUAAUUACGAAGGUGUCGUUCGGAUCGCCAGCACAGGGUGUUCUACAAAGAGGUGAUAUUAUUACCAAAGUUGGUAAUUACGAUUCCAGAGAUAUAAGACAUCAAGACGCGCAGAAUUUGUUUAGGGAUGCGGGAAACAAUAUCAGAGUAGUAGUACAACGAGAAACACAACCACGUUACAAUACUAGCACAGGUUCUUCCAGAAACAGUUCCCAUUACAGUCCGUUAUCAGUGUCACCAAAUUUAUCACCUAGAGGACAACCACUUAGUCCAGGAUACAGCACAGGAGGGUCGGCGUUAACUCCAACGUACACGCCGCUAACUUCAAUCGACAAUAAUUACUUUGAUUCUUACGAAUAUGGACCAGGAAGGAGGGGAGAGGACCAAAAUGGUGACAUUCAUGUCACCAGACAGCCGUACCGUACAACACCGUUGGUACUUCCCGGUGCCAAGGUGAAAAGGGAACCCGGACCGACAGAAAGUUACCUACGUCAUCAUCCUAACCCAAGUGUCAGAGCGCCACCACCGCAUUUAGUUCCACAUCAAAAGGUUGCUCACUCGCUUUUAGAUAGAAUAUCUACAGGUGAUCCAAACAAACAGGUUGUACACAAACAAUUCAAUUCACCACUCAACCUAUACAGUGAGCCAAAUGUAGUGGACACUAUCCACAGGCAAACUGGACUUCAGGCCUCAAUAAACAGUGCACCUAAGAGAUCGGUAAAGUUCAAUCCUGCUGAGAGCGAAACAUUUAAGUACUUGCAGGAGGAGGAACAUGGCGGCUACGGAGGUCCCGUCCAAGAGAUCAGCGUGCCUCCGCAGAGUAAAAUAUACGCCCCCACCAAGAAAGGUCCCCACGUAGUUAACCAAAGUAACCCUCAAUACUUAAGCGCCAUAGGAAACGAUCCAGAGGUCAUUCAGCAAAGUGGAUCCUUCAGGAGGCUGAUGAUGUCCGUUCUACCAGGAAGCAACUACUAAACGCACCAUUUAUUUUUUAUUUUGCAUAUAAAACACUGAGAAGUCCGAGCCAAAACACUCAUUUCUCAGUCCAAGCCAGUAUCGCAAAUUUUCUCCAUUUUUAUUCAAGUAGAGAAUUUGAGACUACAGUUCCUUUCGAAUCAAUUAAAAACAACGAAUAUUUUAAAAAUGUUCGAAAUAAUUUUUUAAUAUAUCUGUCAAAUUUAUGUCCAAUUUAGACUUAGAGAGAGCCAUUUGAGAGUCAGAACACAACCAUCGUUUGUUUGGUUAUAAGUUUGAGGGGUAUGAAAAAAAAGCGUAUGCGUUGUUACUAUUAAAUGUUACAUAUAUUAUCUAUUUAUAUUUUGUUAGUUAUAAAAAGCAGGACACUUUUGACAGCAUUCACUAGAUAUUUGACCAACUGUCAAAUAAAUUUUAUUCAUCGUGAAGAGGUCAACAGUAGUCCGUGAUGUUGUGUUUUUUUUUCGUUUCUUUUAAUUAUGUUUUGAGAUUCUAUAAACGAGUGAAAUCUAGUCAAAAUGUACUUAGUUAGUGAACAUCUUUUUUU